ACGAAUAGACUUAAUGAAUAAACACAAAUAUAUAGAUCAUUUAGGAAUAAACUAAAAAAAAACUAUAUGUAAAUCAAUUUGGAAUGGAGGGAGUAUGUCUGAAAGUAAGUCUAUCUAGCAUCCCUCACGUUCGUGCCGGGUCAACCCACCGUGCCAAGACAGCAGCCCAGGCACAGCCCAACUCUCGGGCCCGUCAUCAAUCGGGCCAUGCCAUGCCUGGGCUGGGCCAAAGCACCUUGCCAUGAGCCUGGCUGUCGGCCCUCGGGCCAUAUGGCCAUCUAUAAUGAGACCUGGUUCGAGUUCCUCCAUCUAUUCUCGGUCUAUGGCGACUGGGGAGGCAGCAUGCAAAAGCGGGGAGCGGGGGUUAGAAGGAUUAAGGAUAUGUGUGGGUGGGUUCCUGGAUCCGGCGCAGAGGUGUGCUGGGGCGGCCAUCGGCUGGCAGCCGGCUGGAUCCAGUGCGGGUGGGGGCUCUGCUCCUACCGACAUGCAGCGGCGGCGGCGACCGACGACGGUGGUGUCUCCCCUCUCCCGGCGUUGCCAUCGACAGCGAAAGCAGCGAUCUCUUAAAAUUUGAGAGAGUAUUUAUCCAAGCUAAUAAUUCAGUGAAUUUACAAAUCGAGAGUAAUGGCAGAAGCAGUGAUACUUUUAGUUGUGAAGAAAAUUGGUGCUGCUCUAGGAAAUGAAGUAAUCAACCAAGCAAGUUCACUGUACAGAAACUUGUUUGCACAGCUUGCAGAACUCCAAGGCAGCAUGAGCCGCAUAUGUCGUGAGCUUAGGUUGAUGCAUGAAUUUCUUUGCAGAAUGGACGUACGCAAUCGAAAUGAUCAGGCAUAUGAAAUUUGGGUGGAUGAGGUGCGGAAGCUAGCACAUGGAAUUGAGGACAUAGUAGAUGAGUAUCUACACUUAGUAAGGCAGAGACAUGACAAAGGAUGGAGCUUUUAUCUGAAGAAGGGAAUCAAUCAACCUGAAGCUUUGCGUUCAUUAAACCGGAUGGUCUGCCUCAUAAAGGAAGCAGAGUCCAGUCUCGUCCACCUAUUUCAAGUAAAAGAUCGAUGGAUUCCUAAUGCAAGCCCUGGGUAUGCCAACAAUUCUGGCUAUAUUGUCGAGAAGUCCCAACAUCUAGCAAGUACUUCCCGUUCUAUUUGCGAAGAUCUCGUGGGAAUCGAAGAAAACAGAGAUACAUUGUUCAAUUGGAUGAGAGAAGAUGGGAUGGCAUGCUCUACAAUAGUUCUUCAUGGCAUGGGAGGCCUUGGUAAAACAGCUCUAACUGCAAAUGUGUACAAGCAUGAACAAGAAUAUUAUGACUGUCAUGCAUGGGUAUCUGUUUCACAAACAUAUUCGCUGAUGGAGCUCUUAAAAAAGCUAAGCGUCCAGCUUUUUCAUGAGGAAAAUAUUCAGAGUAAUAUUGGCAGUAUCGACAUAAUCAAUCUUCAGGAGAUACUUAGGAGAUUCCUUGAAGAGAAGAAAUACUUGAUAGUGUUGGACGAUGUUUGGACACCAGAAGUAAUCAUCGAUAUGUCAAGAGCUCUUGCUCAGAAUUUUAAGGGAAGUAGAUUGCUGAUUACUACACGUAUUGGUAAUGUUGCAGAAUUCGCAUCGGAAGGACGUGUGCUAACACUAGAGGGUUUGUCAGAAGGAAAGUCUUGGGAACUUUUUUGUAAGAAAGCUUUCCGGAGAGAAGCAAAUCACGAAUGUCCCACUGAGCUGAAGAAUUUGGCGACACAAAUGUUGAACAAGUGUAAAGGCUUGCCUCUUGCUAUUGUGUCUGUUGGAAGCCUAUUGUCCGUGCGUGAGAAGAAUCCAACAGAAUGGAGACGAAUUUAUGACCAACUCAGUUGGGAGCUGAAUAACAACCCAGGCUUAGACCACGUUAGGAAUAUUCUGUACUUAAGCUUCAUAUACCUCCCAACUUAUCUGAAGAGUUGUUUCCUGUAUUGUACCUUGUUUCCAGAGGACUAUAUUCUUCAUCGGAAGAUGCUUUUAAGGUUAUGGAUUGCAGAGGGGUUCAUUGAGGAAAAGGGUGAGAAUACAUUCGAAGAUGUGGCGGAAGGCUAUUUAAUUGAGCUGGUUCACAGAAAUAUGCUGCAGCUUAUGGAAUGCAACUCAUUUGGCAGAAUAAAAUCCUGUAAGAUGCAUGACAUUGUUCGUGAGUUGGCGAUUGACCUGUCUCAGAAACAAAGUUUUGGUCUUGCAUACUACGAGUAUGGAAAUCGUUGUAGUACCAUGGACACAAGCAUACGCCGUCUCGCGGUAGCUAAAUGCAGCAAUAAUAUUUUAUCAAGUAUAUGCUUACCUCGUCUUCGAUCUUGCAUUGUAUUUGAUAAGGCCAUGCCAUCCUUGAGAAUAAUUAAGUCAAUAUCAGACAAGUCAAAGUACAUUGUUGUACUAGAACUACGUGGGCUGGCGAUUGAAAAAGUGCCAGAUGCUGUUGGAUGCCUUUUCAACCUACGCUAUUUGGGUUUGCGCCAUUCGAAGGUGAAGUUUCUCCCCAAGUCCGUGGAGAGGCUCUCCAACUUAUUGACGUUGGAUAUUUUCAACUCCUACAUACAAGAACUGCCUCAAGGAAUAGUCAAGCUGAAGAGUCUGAGGCACUUACUUGUUGAGAGAAUCAAUGAUCCGUCAUGGAGGGAUUUUAGAAGUCGCCACGGUGUUUGCAUCCCAAAGGGUCUUUCGAAUUUCACAAAUCUGCAGACAUUACAUGCAAUUGAAGCACAGGACCGGACUGUUAAAGACUUGGGGGAGUUGACACAGCUAAAAAGCUUAAGGGUGUGGAAUGUGAAGGAAAUCCACUGUGAACGCCUCUGCGUGUCUAUACUUAAGAUGAGAUUUUUGUACCACAUUCAUAUAGCUGCAUGUGACGAGAGUGAGGUUCAACUGAAUAAGCUAGAUCCCCCACCGCUAAGCCUUCAGAAACUCUGUUUGAGAGGGAGAUUGGCAGAGGGGACACUUGAGUCUCCUCUUUUCCAAACUGGUGGACAGAAAUUGCGUGGACUUUUUCUUGUUUGGUCUCAGUUGAAACAAGAUCCCCUCCCGCCUAUCUCUCGAUUAUGUAAUCUGACACAGCUGAAUCUUACAAGAGCAUAUGUUGGGGAACUGUUAAUAUUCAGGAGCGGUUGGUUUCCCAGUUUGAAGUUUCUGUUACUGCGGGACUUGCCUAAUCUACAUCGGUUAGAGAUUGAGGAAGGUGCCGGGAUAGGUAUUCGUGUUUUGCAGCUUAGACACCUUGACAAGCUGAUGGAUAUUCCACCUGGCAUCGAGUUUCUUCCAUCCCUCCAACGUCUAUGCUUUGUCCAUAUCAGUGAAGAUUUCCUUGCAUUGCUAAAUCGGUGUUCUAGGCUCAAGCACAUUCAGUGGUGGUAUUCAACGCAUGAUCAGCCUCUGACGAAGAAAUCUCAAUCUUGAUGGCUUGCUAGGGCUGGCAGCCUGUCGAAGGCAAUGGAGAAGCAGAGUUCAAACAUGUGUGUGAUUCCUUGCCUCAUUCAUCAUCCUUGACAAUUGUGUAUGCACCCAGUAUUCCAUCAGAUAGGGCUAGGGAGCGAAAUUGUUUCACGUUUCACUCUCACUUAUAAAGUCAUAUUUGUUGUAUGUGUACCUUGAUGUGUUUUUCUUUGGUAUAAUCGGUUACACGACCUUACUGGUGGCCUGUACAUUUGUAGUUUACACCAAUGUGGCAUUUGUAAAAUCUUCCAAAAGUUACUGGCAUGUUUGACAAGACAUAUUUCCUUAGGAACUCUGUUAAUGUUUUAGUGUAGUCUGUAGAGCCAUUUACAGUUUGCGGAGUAUUAAAGAGAUAAAUAUGUUUGUUCUAAGUUUCCAUGUUGGAGCGAAAUAGCGAAUGGAUUGAGUGAUGUUCUAUACCUUAUAUAUGUCUGUCAAUAGGGAUGUUACACGACUUAUUAUUUCAGAAUUCAAUUGUGUUGGUACAAUGGUACUUUAGAUUGUUUGCAUAUCAUCAUCACAAUUGUAUAUGCACCCAGUGUUUUGUUGAAUCGGUCUACGGAAUGAAAUUAUUUUGUGUUUCA